AAGACGUGACAACUAAGACAAAACGCAAACUUCAAACAAAAAUAUUGACGUUUUGAAUUCAGUCGCUGCAUUUCGACAGUGAAAAAACGUUAAAAUACCGAUAGUGGAAUAAGCCACAGUUGAUAGUCAUUCUACACAACCUUCCACGAUGAGUAUCAGUGCAGCAUCGACCCCAACCGUUAAGGAGGAUGACAUGGAAGAAUGUGGGCCCCAACCGAUUGCCAGGCUAGAGGGUAAUGGUAUCAAUGCCGGCGAUAUCAAGAAGCUGGAGGAAGCUGGCUAUCACACAGUUGAAUCUGUGGCUUUCGCUCCGAAGAAAUACCUGCUCUCAAUCAAGGGCAUCUCGGAACAGAAGGCAGAUAAAAUUCAUAGUGAAGUGUCCAAGUUGGUGCCCAUGGGCUUUACAACCGCCACAGAGUUCCAUCAGAAACGUGCUGACAUGAUUUGUGUCUCAACGGGCUCCAAGGAACUGGACAGGCUUCUUGGAGGAGGCAUUGAGACAGGCUCAAUCACCGAACUGUUUGGGGAAUUUCGAACAGGAAAAACGCAAAUUUGCCACACUUUAGCAGUAACCUGCCAAUUACCUACGGAUUGUGGAGGAGCUGAAGGAAAAUGCCUGUACAUAGACACCGAAGGGACGUUUAGGCCGGAAAGGUUACUUGCUGUAGCUGAGCGCUUUAAAAUGGAGCCCCAGACUGUUUUAGAUAAUGUCGCGUAUGCACGAGCUUACAAUACUGACCAUCAAACCCAACUGCUCCUGCAUGCCAGCGCCAUGAUGGCAGAAUCAAGGUAUGCUCUAUUAGUGGUGGACAGUGCAAUGGCUCUGUACAGAUCCGAGUACUCCGGAAGGGGUGAACUAGCUGCCAGACAAAUGCAUUUAUCCAGAUUUCUGAGAAUGUUGCUCAGAUUGGCUGAUGAGUUUGGUGUUGCUGUUGUUAUAACAAACCAAGUCGUGGCCCAGGUGGAUGGGGCUGCAAUGUUUAACGCUGACCCCAAAAAGCCUAUUGGAGGCCACAUAAUGGCUCACUCAUCCACAACUCGAUUGUAUUUAAGAAAAGGUCGCAAUGAAACCAGAAUGUGCAAAAUUUACGACUCGCCUUGUCUGCCUGAAGCUGAAGCGAUGUUUGCGAUAAAUCCCGAUGGCGUUGGCGAUGCUAAGGAAUAAGAAAAUGUGUGGACUAAGUAGUUAAGGCGGAAUUAUCGUUAUUUUUGAGAUAGGAAUUGUUUCAAGUUCCAUAAGAAGUGGCUUUAUGAAGCAAAUUAAUUUAAAUUUAGGUUAACUGGAGUAAAUAUUUAAUAGAAAUAGAAAACGACACUAAUUUGAGCUGGUGCACUGUAAUAGGACAAAUAAAUCAAUUGUUUUACGACA